UGGCAAUCAAGCUUAGGAGCUUGAGCAAGUGUUGCCCGAUGAACGGCCUCAGGGCUGUCUAGGCUAUGGAGGGAUGAGGAAGCGGGAAGCUGUGCAAGCUUCGAGAUACAAAGGCAGCUCUCUCAACCCUCUUUCCUUGGUCCUCGGUCUCUCUGACAAGCCUCUCCUGCCUCACAGCCUGUCUUCAGUGUGCGAACACUUCCUACUACAAGCUCUCGCCAAUCACCCUCAGACAGCGACUGUUUGCCCAUCAUGUCUCGCUUCGUCAACGACAUUGAGCAACGCUUUGGCGAGAGCGACAACCAGAGCAGCGGCUAUGACAACUCGCAAAGCGACCGCUCCGACAACGACUACCAGCAGGGCGAUGGCUACGGGCGCAACCAGCAGGGCCGCAACUACGGUAGCAACGACGACAACAACAACUACGGUGGCAAUCGGAAAGAUAGCAGCUAUGGCAGCAACCGGGACGACAGCUACGGCAGCAACCGGGACAACAACUACGGCAGCAACCGGGACGACAGCUACAGCAGCAGCCAGGGCAACAAAUACAGCAGCAACCGAGACAACAACUACGGCAGCAACCGGGAUGACAACUAUGGCGGUGGCCGGAAUGACAGCUACGGCAGCAACCAGGACGACAACUACGGCAGCAACCGGGAUGACAACUACGGCAGCAACCGGGACGACAACUACGGCAGCAGCCAGGCCAACAGCUACUGUAGCAACCAGGACGACAGCUACAGCAGCAACUGGAACAACAGCUAUGGCCGCAACGACGAUGACAGCAGUUACAACAGCAGCAAGAAUAACGACCAGCAGCAGAGCGGUCGCGGCUUCUUUCGCAGCAACUCGUCGAGCGGGUUUGGCAGCACCAAUGAAGGCAACAGCAGCAGCAGCAACAACGAGGACCAGAACGACUCUGGAAACAGCGGCUCCAGUAGCUUCUUCUCUUAAGGAGAGUUGGGCAGCGCUAGCGAGUUUGUCGACCAAGUAGCAAUGGAUAAAGACCUCACGCUAUAAGCAGGGGGCUCCUAGAGGCAAGGGCGAAGAUAUUAAAGUGAUAGAGUAUAAACAUGUUGGAACCGCUACGCAGGCUUAGGAAGAUGAAGCUAUUACAAUACAGGCAAUGCACACAACUAGGAUCAAUCAUAGUGUUGAGGAUGUUGUAUUGUAGGAGAGUUCUCCUAAUUAGGAGCCUAGUCUUGGGCGGCAGUUGGGCAUCAAGCUAGUGGAUCCUAAUCUCAGUGGGCUAGCCCGGUGCCCUAGGCUGGGCUAGUUCUAAUACACCCCCCUAGGUCGAGCCUCUGGCUCCGGCCUACCAAAUCUAGUAAUCUAUAAAGCUAUUCCCA